AUGAGACCAACGAGACCACCGCCAACAACGAGACCACCGCCACCACCGCGCCACGAGACCACCGCCACCACGAGACCACCACCGAGACCACUGCGAACAACGACACCACCGAGACCACUGCCAACAACGAUGCCAACGAGACCACCGCCACCACCGAGACCACCACCGAGACCACUGCGAACAACGAGACCACCGCCACCACCGAGACCACUGCCAACAACGAUGCCAACGAGACCACCGCCACACAACGAGACCACCACCGAGACCACUGCGAACAACGAGACCACCGCCACCACCGAGACCACUGCCAACAACGAUGCCAACAACAAUGCCAACAAUGCCAACAAUGUAGUGGAUGCCAACAACGAUGCCAACAACAAUGUAGACGAUGCCAAUGACCCGCCGGUUGGUGCCAACGAAGAAGCCCUGCCUUCUGAAGAAGUCCUGCUUUCUGAAGUAUGCAGCCUUUUUGCCAACCAGAACUACAACAAGGACUACUCAAAGUUGGUUUGUAUUUUGGCCUAUGCUGCCAAAGUUGUUGAGAAAGACAAGAUGGACUUGGUUUGGAAACAACGAACCCGUCAAUCCAUUGAUGAUUGGGAUUUUGAGAAAGGGAUGCCUGAGUUGAAGGACUUUAGGGGGGCCACAUGGAAGAAGAUCCAGGAAGGGAUUGAACAGCGUCGUAAAGAAAGACGUCAGGAAUCCAAAGAGCAGGGCUUGCGACUAUCCCAUCUUCCUUCCAAGAAGGUCUUCAAUGCGUUCUUGAGACGUGCCUUCCUCCUCAUUGAUGGUCUUCGCGUCAUGAAUCCAACACUCAGCAAAUCCCAACUUAUGGAACUGUUCGAAAGAGAGUUUGGCCAGUGUAACAAAAAACCAGAAACAGAGGCCAAAAUGGAACAACUGCAAGAACAAUUCUUUGAAGGCAUCAGACAAGGUCUUUGGGAAGAAAUCCUUGGAAAGAAAGGCUUGCUCAAAGCCAAGAACAGUGCUGCUGCCAGGAAGGGCAAAGCAAAAGAGGAGGAAGAAACAGAAGAUGAAGCCGAAGACGAUGAAACCGCGGACAAGGAAGAGGCAUCCGCCACUGCUGCUUCCAGGAAGGCAUCCGCCACUGGUGCUGCUUCCAGGAAGGGCAAAGCAAAAGAGGAGGAGGAGGAGGAAGCAACUCACAUUUCCUUUCAACUUUACAUUCCUGCCACCCCAACCAGGCACAAGGCCCAAACCAUGCUUGCCGAAAAUAAGAGGUCCAACAUGGCUCACCUCUCCACCAAGGCCCUUUCAAAGCAUUUGGUUGCUCUGGUUAAGAGGGUUCAUGAUGGCCCUGUUGACUGGUAUCAAUGGUUUCAAAAUGUAUUUGAUACCUCCUGGGUCAAGGAUUAUUGCAACGCUCCAAACAGGGAGAACAGAGAGGUGCAAUGGGAACUGGUGAGAAAGCUUCAAGAACUCGCUUUUGGGUUGGUACAGGUCACUCCAAAGGAUCUCUUUGGUGGUGACUUCAAACUCCAUGACAGGGUGGGUUUUCUUCCAAAAACUGAUCUGGCUUGGCAGUGGCUUGGAGCCCACCAUCUUCUUGGGUGCACUGAUGCUCACUCUUACAAAGCCGAUGUUGGGUAUCCAAGGGAUGAUCUAUGUGUAGUGGAAGUGGAAAACCCCAAUCUGAAACCUCUUCCACCUCCUACCGUGAAUUUGGACAUGAUCAAAGUAACCAAUUCUCGAGGAGAGUGGAAGCAACUUGCAAAGACUGGAUCUGGAUCCCCAAACCGGACCAAAUGGAAUGAUUCUACCUUGCUCUCUACUUUGGUUGGAAAGAACCUUGCAGACUUUGCAGGGGAAAAGCUGAACCUACAGCCUUUUGGCAAGAAUGGCAAGACAUUUGAAGAUGCUGCCACGGACACAGUGACACGGGGCUGGAAACAGGUUGAGAUUGAAUAUGAGACAACUCAUUCCCACCUUGACUGCCUGUCUUUAUUGGAGAACCUCUUUUCUGAUAAUGAUGUCAAGCUGAUCUCUGAUGAAGGUAUUAAGCAAGCUUUCAAACGCUGUGCAAUGAAAUUGGCACUUACCCCUCCAGAGGCUUUUUCUGCAGACUCUCUAAUUCUGAAAAGAGGUAAAGUGCUUUUCAAACCACUCCCUCUCACAAACCUGUGGAUAGCUUCGGGUAUGUACUUUGGCUUUCCUUGGAACCAUGAAACCUCCAGCAACCCAGGUAGCCCAAACCACAGCGGUGGUGCAACCCCAGAGAAUCGAGCUGUGCCAAUUGUGCUAACUCCACCUCCCAUUCCAAGAAAGAGAAAAUUUGGAGUCCAGUUUAAGAAGGAGAGGGGGGGCAAAAGGACGAGGUUUCAGUUCUCCCUCCACACCCCCACCCAGACAAAGACCAAAAACACCAAACUUGCACUCAUAUCUCAACUGGUGUCAACACUGAAACUUGAGUAUAAUAUUGUUGCAGAGAGGGACAGGUGGGCUCUACAAGUUGAUGUCUUCGUCACCAGAAUCACUCCACAUACCCUCAUUCACAACAAGAUCCAGAUUAGAGCUUUUGUCUUUCUUGUCUUGUUCAUUAUCAUGACAAGCUUGGAGAGCUCUGGUUUUGAUUCUGCACAAGCCACCUUGAAGGCAUUUCAAGUGAUCAAUGCCUUUGGACCAAAAAUGAUCAGUGCAAAACUGCUCCAGUCGCAUGUGGACAUCCGAAAGGACUAUGAGGACGUGGUUGGUGCUUCUACUGGCUUUGACUGUUUGGCUGAAGUUAUUGCAAACUGUGCUGUCUCUGACUCUAUUCCUGCUACUUUUGAGGAACUCAAGAAUUUUGGAAACGCAGUAACUGAUACUGUGGCAAGCCUGGUUUUGCAAGAAGCAUUUGCUUUUGGGGCUUCCCCUGUAUUGGAUAAGGACUGCCUGGGUUUGUGUCUUGCCUUGGGUUUGGUUGAAUCGGCAGGUGCCUACCAUGAUGUUGUUAAAAACAUCCAGGCUUGGUUGCCACCAGAAGGCUGUGCUAGUUUCCACAGAACCAUGAAGAGUUUUCAUGAGCUUCUCAUGAAGGCCGGUAUCCAUGUUACCAUGAAGGAAUGCAUCCAGAAAUAUUUUGCAACUUCAUACCAGGUGGGGAUUUCUGACAUUCUAAAUGAUAUCUUCAACAGCUGGGUGCAUGAAAUUACUAAAUGA